AUGCUCAACUUCCGCUCUACGCUCAACUUCCACUCUACGCUCAACUUCUGCUCUACGCUCACGGCGGCAAGGACCUACUUGACCACAAACAAUCUGCAUCUUACCUCAUCUCCUUCCUUCUACCAAGCGUUAUCUGUCAUGCCCAUAGCUUCCGCAAGUAAAGAGGUCUCCUCCAGAGCUGGCUCCAGUGCUUCAACAAAGCAAUCUGACUCACAAAGAGCUCUCUCAGAAUUAGAAGUUGAAAGACUUCUCAAUUCACCAUUCUGGUCACCUGGACAGGACAGCAUCAACUAUAACAAAGGGUUUCCUUGGUCAUCUAGUCUAAUGAACACCUUGGAGAAGGUGUUCAACAUCAAUCAGUUCAAAAAUUGCCAGGCCAGUAUUUGCAAUGCCAGCAUAGAUGGCAGAAACAUACUUGUAAUUAUGCCUACUGGAAGUGGGAAAUCUGUCACAUACCAGCUGCCAGCUAUUUUAAGUAAAGGCUGUGCAUUGGUUCAAGUUUCUGAUAAAACAUUUGAAAUUUUGACAUCUAUUUUGCAGGCAGAUCAGGUUUCUCAUCUACAACAUAUUGGAGUUGGUGCUGCCAUGUUGACAGCUGAAAAUAAAGUGGACCAUGCUGGGGUCUUUUCAAUUCUUGAGAGAAUGGUGUUGAGCUCUGUAGAAGAGCAGGAUGAAAUUAAAUUGCUUUAUGUGGCGCCAGAGCAGUUGAGCAAAAAUCAGAGGCUACGUUUUCUGCUAAUACAGCUUGCUCAAAACCAAUUGCUGUCAAGAAUUGUCUUGGAUGAGAUCCAUGUACUUAUGUUGGAUGGCUCAGAUUACCGCCCUGCAUAUCUUGAGCUUAUUCCUUUCAUUAGAUCUCUUGGAAACAUACCCUUUAUUGCACUCACAGCAACACUGCCCUCAUACAGCCUUGCACAGUUUAUGCAGUGUCUCUCUAUCAAGUCAUUACUUAACGGCAAAGACAUCAGCAAGAUGUCAACUCUUCUCUUUCAUGUUCCAAUCAAUCGCGCCAACCUUGCAUACGCAGUUGAUAUCAAGACAACUGGUGAACGAACAAACAAUUUAUAUCGUUAUAUUCUAGACAAGUACAAGAAUUGUUGUGGAAUUAUAUACUGCUUUACUCAAAAAAAAACUGUUACUCUUGCAAAAACACUAAGCCAUGGUUCAAUUACAGCUGGGCCAUAUCAUGCUUCUUUAUCAAAGCAGGCCAAAGAGGAAGUUCAUACAAAAUGGAAAAACAAUGAAAUCAAUAUUGUUGUUGCAACAACUGCUUUUGGCCUAGGCAUCAAUAAGGAUAGUGUUAGGUUUGUUAUCCACCUCAGUCCACCACCAAAUAUGAUUAGACUUGUUCAAGAGUCUGGACGAGCUGGACGAGAUAACAAAAAAGCAGCAUGCACUAUUUUUUACUGCCCUCAAGAUGCAGUCAAUAUAAGCCGUGCUGCUAUUGAUACCGAUAAUAAAUUGCAAGCUUAUAUAGGGCAUGAAGUCAUUGCCUAUUGUCAUAAUAUGGAGACAUGCAGGCAGAUACUGCUUGCAAGACACUUUGAUCUCUCAGCCCAAAUUUCUUGGCUUGCCAAUCAAAACACACCACCAUGUGCUCUUUGUGAUAAUUGCACCAGAGAUCCAAAGACUAUUGACAAGCAAGAUGUCACUUUGGAUAUUUGGUCCAUUUUGAAGAUUCUACAACAAGUGGAACUUCAGCAAUGUCGCACUACUCUUCAUAAACUUGCAGAAGCAGCUCGUGAUUCAGAAUUAGUGGAUUUUGAUCCCAGGCAUACUUAUCCACCUAUGCCAAACAGACACCUUGGAACUGUCAACAUCAAAACAGCAACACAGCUGCCAAAUACUAAAAAAAGAGCAGUGGACAGAUUACCAUUGAUUGUCCAAUGGAUCUGUGUUAGCAUGAUUCUCCAGGGAUACCUCAAGGAAGACUUUCAGCCUGCUCAGCAAGGCACUCAGACUUAUGUUUACCUUGCCCUUGGACACAAGGCAGAGCAGCUUAUCAAACUCAGUCGAGCUGAAAUAGAAGAUUCAGUGGACAAGAUUGUCAUUGCACUUCCUGUGCUCAAACCCACACAAUUCACCACAUUGUCUGACACAUAUGGAGACAGUGCAGCACCUGGCCCUAGUGCCCCAGUAAAGCGCCAACACCACACUUCUACAGCUGCACAGCCACAGCCAGACACCGACAGUGAUGUGGAAAUUAUUGAGCCUUCUUCCCCAUCAAGAUAUCACUUCCGAUCUCAAAUGCAUGCAAGAAAAAGGGCGAGGAUGAUGGCAGAUGAUGAGCAGAGAGUGAUUGAGAUCUCGUCAGACUCAGAGUGA